CAGUUUUGUGUCGCUGUCUAAACUAUAGAAGGACAUGGACCGUCAUGUUCCUGUGCAUCCGUUACCUGAGGAAAUACGAAAGAUGUCCCGGGAUGAGACUGUGUGUAAAUAUUGUGGAGUCAGUUAUUUGAUCCUUCAUGAGUUCAAGCUGCUGGAAGAGAAAGUGAAAGCAAUGGAAGAGAAGGUGAAGUUUUACGAGGGAAGCGUAGAACGGGAGAAAACACUUCAAGAGAAACUGCAGCGCCUAAAUCGAGAUUUUGAAAAGUGCACAGCAGCUAGUGAAUCAAAAGCAGGAAGAAUGAAAGCAUUAUCCCUAGAGUUUGAAAAUAAGCAAGCUGCAUUACAAAAUCUAACUGAACAGUUGAGAUGCCUCCAGAAAGAGAGGGAAGUUUUGUACAGAAAGUCACAACUGUUGCGAAAAACAUUGGAACGCCAUAUGUUUAUCCUAAAGAAGGCCUUUGUUCUUCUUCCCUUUAUCAGAGGAGAACUAAACAGUAUUAAAGAAGGAAUAUUUAGCUUUUUCAACCAAUGGACCGCACUAAAAGGAGAGGUUUUUUUACGGCUAAAAACCAUUAAUAUAACAGGAUUGGCAGAAAACUCCAGUUUGAACCAAAAGUUAGGCAAAUGCCAGACAGAAAAUCUGGUCCUCCAGGAGGAGGUGCAACAUUUAAGGCUGAUUUCAAAUGCAGCUGAACUGGAAGCUGAGCAACUUCAGGCUUCUCUCUUACGAGAGAGUGAAUUACAAAACAGAUGUCAUGAACUACAAGUGAAAACACAAGGUCAGUAUGACCAGAAAAUUAGUAAACUGAAUUCCUAUUUUCCUCCAGAAGGAGCUGAAUGCUCUCUUAUUUUCAAUAAACAGAAAGACAUUAUGACCAGUCAUGGAGAAGAAGAAAAAGCCCUAAUUAUGAACGUCAGCCAUGUACAGUGCUGUUCCUAUGCUCUGGAAAUGUUAGGCAAUGAUGACAAUGAAGUUAAAUUUUGGUCUGUGAUGCCCAUCAGGCCCCUCCGUCUGCAUAAUGGACAGCAGCCCUAUUUGUCGAAUGGCCAGGUCAUAUCGGAAAAAGAGUGUAUCCUCAGACCUGUCUUUAUAGUAGCCAUAAGGAAUGAUGCAAAGAAGUCAAAAGAAGUUGAGGACCGUCGGAGUGAACUCCAAAAAUUGGUGUCUGAAAUUGAAAGAUCUGAAUCUCGGUUUACUCAUACUCUGACAGAACGAGAGCAAUCUUUGCUUGCCUGCCAACAAACAUGCCGGCGUUUACAGGAAGAAGCAGUUGAGAAAGAGAGGAAAGAAGGGGAUCUUAAAAAACAAACCGACCAUUUGGAGAGUGAACUGGAAACAAUUAAGAGCCUUCUCAAACAGCGGGAGGAAGAAGUGGUAACACUUAAGCAAGAAAGGGAGUCUGUGCUGAUUUCCCAUCAGAACAGGACAGAGCAGCUGCAGGAAACAUUAAGGCAGAAGGUGCUGAACGAAAAGAACUGGCAAGAAAAGAUUGAAACUGAUAGAGCAAAAGAACAAGCCCAUCACAAGCAAGAAAUUCUCAGACUCAAAGAAGAUGCCAGAAUGGAAUUAGAUAUUGAGAAACAGAAACAUCAGGAAUUAAUUGCAAAGUAUCAGAAAGAUCAAGAUGAGCUGCUACACAUGAAGAUACCUGUAUUGCUAUCCAGUGCUACUAAUAACCUGAAGAUGGAAAUGGACACGCUUGAAAAGAAGCUCCGCGAGGCCCAGGCCAAGCUUACAGAGAAAAACCAUGAAUGUGAAAAAGAAUGGCAAGGCCUUAAAAGAAACCUUGCAGACCUUGAGCUCCAACUGCAUGAAGAACGGAGCACCUGUCAAUCAGUGACAGAAGACAUGGCUGAAGAAAUAAAAAAGAAGUCCUAUGAACUGGAAAAAUUGACUCAGGAGCACACAGAGUUGAUUCAGAAUAUGAAUCAAGUUCAAGAAGAGAAUGCUCUUCUCCAGGACACGGUGCGCAGGGAGUGUGAGGAACGCUAUGAGCUCACUGAAGCUUUGGCUCAAGCCAGAGAACAAGUCAUGGAGCUAAAGAAACUUGGAGGAAACUUCCCGUUGUCACAGUGUUCUCUCAGUCAGGGCAGCCUAACCUCUUCCACUGCAUUGGUCAGCAAUCGCGGGCAGAAAAGCCCAAACUCUGGGAAAGGAAUAACACUCUCGGGACCCUGUAUGAUUUCGAGAGCCACUAACGCAUCGGCCUACAAUAGGCACAAAAGCAGCCUCAAUGUGAGUUUGCCUGCUCUGCCUGCACUUCAGCUGCCAAAUGGAAGAGCGUCUUCUCUAGAUGAAUCCAGGAGGAGGAGGAUCACAGCCGUUAUAAAAAGGCAGCUGAGUGAACUAUGAUGAGUCAAAGACAGUCCUCUUUCAUCAAGAACAGCCCCCAAACACACACACACACCUUUGGUGCAAAUGAUUAGGCCACUUCAAUAUGUCCCCCUGGAGGGGACAAACAUUACCAGAUAUUAUUUUCUA